AUGAAGUUCUCCAUGGUCCCCUCGUUGCUUCUUCCCCUGCUGGCGGCCGCUGCCCCAGUCGCCCCGGAGAACCCCCCGUUCAGCGUCAUGGCCACCCGCUCUGCUUCCCCCAUCCACUUCCUCCCCAUGACCGCCUCCGGCCAGAAGUUCUACCUUGGCGGAGAGACCACGUCCUACUGCCCCAUUGGUGAGGGCUGCCCUCCCGGCAACCAGACCGUGUUCGCUCCUGGUGGCUAUGGCAUGAAUGUCAUGGUCCCCGGUGGCCAGCAGGUCUAUGUUGAUCCCAAGGGCGCUCUGUCCUUCACCCAGGCCCACUCUGCUUAUAUUCCCGAGGCUCCGCCGUGGGUCCCUUCAACUACAAGCCCGGCAAGGACUGGGGCUACUACACCUUCGACGGCUGGGGUGUUUGCCGCUGUCCAGAACGCCACUGUCCCCAAGGGUAACGUGGCUGAAUGCCUUGGCUUCAAUGCCCUGGCUAACACGGCUCCCAAGGAGGCUGCUGCUUGGCAGUACGUUUAA